AUGGAAAGCAACAUCACAAAAGAACAUUCUCAUCAUCAUCCGGCGGAGGCUUCCACCACAACUCAGGACGUUAUUUUUGCAGUGUUGUACUCAAUUAUUGCCGUUCUGGGUGUAAUCGGUAACGCUAUGGUAAUUACUAUAGUGCGAAAAACGCCAUCAAUGCACACAACGACGAACUACCUCCUCCUGAACUUAGCCGUGGCCGAUUUAUUGACAUUGCUCCUCUGUCCUGGUUCGUACGAUUUCGCUCUGGCGCACGUUGACUUAGAAGGAUUCAUUGGGGAUUUCAUCUGCAAACUGUUUGCGGGAAAUGCAAUUGUUCCGAUCACUAUCAACGUCGCCGUUCUUACGGUUUGUACGAUCGCAGUUGAAAGGUAUCUAGCGCUUCUCAAACCUUUCCGCUCUAAUCUAAGGAUAGACAAAGAUAAAGUGAAAUAUGUGAUAGCAGUGCUGUGGUUGUUUGCCUUAAUCUCGUGCAUACCAGAUAUUCAAGCCAACACGUACGACAUCUCGUCCACCAAAUAUCCUUGCACGCGUCCCUGGAGUCUAGAUAGUUAUUUCCUUCACAAACCUUUCAUCAUAUUUACUUGUGUUGGGUUUGGAAUCAUAAGCUCCUUGACACUCUUCUUCUGUUAUUUUUCAAUCAUCCGUGGAAUAUAUUUCACAAAAACAGUUUUCUCGGAAUCAACGGUAACGGAGGCUGAACGACAAGCAAAGAAACAACUCGCUCGCCUUCUUAUCUGUUUGACAUUUGUAUUCGCUACCUGCUCUCUACCAUUUGCAGUUUACUUCAUGUUUCUUAGCUUCGUUAAUGUCAAAACUAUAAAGGAAAAGUACGACAUAUUGUAUUUAUUUCACAGAAUUUCCAGGUUUUUACUUUUCUCGAAUUCGUUUUUAAAUCCUUUAUUGUAUGCUUUACAAAGCUCAAAUUUUCGAGAUGGAUUCAAAUUAAUUUUUAGUUUAAAACUCCUCCGCUGUAAGCUGUUAGCAAAUAGGAGAAAGUCGGCAAAAAGCUCUAGCUCGACAGGCUUUGUCUUGAGUAAAGAA